GAGACUUUAAUGGUCCGUGUACUAAAAAAACCUUCGGUAGGGUGAGAGACUUCUCAUUGUCUCUUCAAGUGCAUCUGCUGUGUGCUCCAUAGAGAAAAUAUCAGUACGGACUUGCUGAUUUGAGGGUGUGAGUGGUGGAUAAACCCUAGAUCGGAUUUCGAUUUCUGGGUUUCUUCAACUCCUUCCAGAGAUUUCAGAAAACUACAACGAUGAACAGAAACCCUGUCUUGGAUCCUACUCUUCAAGAGAUUCUUCAAGUGGUUAAACCCACACGAGCUGAUUGGGACACAAGGAUCACCGUCCUUGAUCAGCUGCGCGAUGUUUUACAAACAGUAGAGAGUUUAAGAGGUGCUACUGUACAACCAUUUGGAUCCUUUGUCUCAAACCUCUUCACAAGAUGGGGAGACUUGGACAUCUCUGUUGACUUAUUCAGCGGUGCAUCAAUCUUGUUCACUGGGAAGAAGCAGAAACAGACUUUACUUGCACAGUUACUUCGAGCAAUGAGAGCUUCAGGUCUAUGGUACAGGCUGCAGUUUGUUAUCCAUGCGCGUGUUCCCAUUCUGAAAGUAGUCAGCGGCCACCAGAGAAUCUCAUGCGACAUUUCGAUCGAUAACCUGGAAGGGCUGUUGAAGAGCAGGUUCUUGUUCUGGAUCAGUGAGAUUGAUGGGAGAUUCCGUGACUUGGUUUUGCUAGUGAAGGAAUGGGCUAAAGCUCAUGAUAUCAACAACUCGAAGAACGGGACUUUCAACUCUUACUCUCUCAGUUUGUUAGUCAUCUUCCAUCUUCAGACAUGCGUGCCUGCUAUUUUGCCGCCACUAGGAGAGAUAUAUCCGAGGAGUGCUGUUGAUGAUCUGAAAGGUGAGCGAAAAACUGCAGAGGAAAGCAUAGCACAGCUUUCUGCUGCUAACAUAGCGAGAUUCAAAUCAGGUUCAUCAAGAUCAGUCAAUAGAAGCUCCCUCUCUGAGCUUCUGGUCUCCUUUUUCGCAAAGUUUUCAGACAUAAACUUGAAGGCCACAGAGCUUGGUGUUUGCCCGUUUACUGGAAGGUGGGAAAACAUAAGUAACAACACUAGAUGGUUGCCUAAGACAUACUCUCUCUUUGUUGAAGAUCCUUUUGAGCAACCGGAGAACGCAGCAAGGAGUGUGAGCCGCAAAAACUUGGACAGGAUAGCGCAAGUGUUCGAGAUGACGUCGCACAGACUCGCCACAGACUCUAACAGAAACUCCAUCAUUGGUGUUCUAACAGCGCCACACAUUUCAGAGUCUUUAGUCGGAACAGCAAACGUCCAAAACCAUCAUCAUCAUGCAAACGGUGCGCGCCAUCCCCACAAUCUGCAAGGUCAGGCUAGACCAUGGAACAACCAAUUGCAGCAGAACUGGUCGCAGAGCAACAACAUCCAGAAUCCUCCAUCCUGGCCAGGACCAGCACGGCCCCGGCCGCAACAGAAAUGGUCUUCUCAGAAUAAUCCCAGGAACAUGCGGCAGGGACAAGCACCUUUCCGAGGUCAAAGGCCUGUAGUAAUGACAGAAGCUCAAACGCAGCAACAGCAGCAGAAGAGUCAGUAUAAGAACGGGAAGCAGCCAAUGACAAAUGCACCUUCAGGUUCUAGUCAGAGUCAGGGUCACAUUGGUAAGCCACCAGGUCAAGUUAAUGGUGUGAGGUUUACAAGACCUGCUGGACCGAUAAGUCAAAGUCAACGCGGACAGAUGUGGAGGCCAAGACGCUGAGUAGUAAGUAUGAGUUGUGUAGACUUCGGUCCAGAGACUUAUCCUUCACGUUAUUUUGGACGAUAUUGUAAUUUUCACCAUGGUGAAAAAUUGUGAUUUUUUUUCUUCUUUUUUUUCUUCUUCUAAGGAUCGGAUCCUUUGUGACAAUCAA